GACAGUCGUCGAGGGCGUGUGUGUGUAUGCGUGUUAAGCGUGUAUGUGUGUAUGUGUGUGUGUGUGACAUAACCUCUCUCGCCAAAACACCUUGCUCGACUGAACUCGACCCGACCAGACUUGGCCACCCACCGGCUUCUCGAGGCGUGCCAUCGCCUCUUCACACUCGUUUUCCAUUCGACAUCGCACCCAAUCGAUCCACCAUGACCCAUUAGAGUGACCAUGGUCCGCGUUACCGAGGAGCUGGCUUUGUCGCCAGAUCAUGUCACUCUCUACCAGGCCACUGACCCGCUGCUCGGUCAUCUUCCCAUCCUCAUCUUCCACGGUCCUUCUACCACUGCCAACUACACCUUCAACAGCUCCAGAGUACAGGUCCACAUCUAUACGCCCGCAGGUUUUCAGUCCUUUCCACGGCUCACCAUAUCACCAAACUCGCCCUUCUACAAUGUCGUCCACCAUCUACCUCGCGAGUUCCAGGGCGACGAGGUCUACCGUGCUCUCGCUUUCGGUCUAUCAAGGUACUUCCAUGAAAUACUACCCGAGCCCGUCAAGAACCAUAUCAAACUGCAAUAUCCGACAAGAGGGCGCCGGCCUGGAUCCUCUCCAGCCCUCUUCAGCGACCAGCAUGCCGCCGAUAUCGCUAAGUCUAUGGUUCGCGCUGAGAAUACUGCCGAUGUGAUUCAGAAGCUUCAUAUGGCUUUACAGACGCAACAUGUCAGCAAUGUCGAUAUCGAUCUUGUUUUGCCUCCUGGAUCUAUAUUACCCUUACAACCUGCCGACUUUGAGGACGUUCCAGAGGAUGAAGAUGAUAUUUUGGAUCCUACUCUACGGCAGUACGGAAUGUACACACCACUUGUCAAGCUCUUCGGCGAACCUAUAUUUCUGCCCACGACGCGACUGCGACGCGCUCCGUCUAAGCCUAGUGCGCUUAACCGGACAAAGUCGUUCUCCAAAGACCAGAAACUGGAAUUACGACGAAAGAUGGCCGAGUUAGUGGAAACUGAAGAACGAUAUGUCGCGAAACUAGACGAACUGGUGAAUCACGUCGCAAAUGAGUACCGGCAAAAGGCCAAAGACCAGCAACUGAAUAGUUUUAGUCCUUCGGCUGAGGAUGUCGAGAAGCUGUUUCCCAGAUCAUCCGACGAGAUCCUCAAAAUCAAUACCGACUUCAUGCAAGAGCUGCGCAAAGUUCUAGACAAUACAGAAGAAGGCGCACAAAAGGACGCAGACUCGGGUGUUUCAUCAUCACGGGUAGGCAUCUCGGGAAGCUUGUUAGGCAAGGGCAAAGAUGCGAGCGGAGCUGUGGCGAUGGCGAAGAUUAUGCUGGAGUGGUUCCCCAAAUUCACCGACUGCUAUCAAGACUACAUACGAGCAAGCCAGAACUUUCCCCAGCUCAUUACCUCCUUCGUCGACCAACAGUCGACUUUCACUGACAGGGUCGCGCUCACUGGGGAGCAGCAUCUUCGCUCGACUGUAAUCGAGCCUGUUCAGCGUCUCCCCCGUUACAGCUUGAUGAUUGACCAAAUAGUUGGUUGCUUACCAAUUACACAUCCAGCACUUCAAUUGAUGCUGAAAGCUCGAGACAUUAUUGCAAAUAUAUGCUCAAUGGAUGAUCCUCUGGCGGAUAAACCACAUGUAAGCACACGGCUGCGAAACAUGAUUGAAAGUUGGCCUGCCGAUCUAGACCCUCAAGGCCGCCUGAUUGCUGCUGCUGAUUUCUCAGAAAUACCCGCUCCUUACCAGAAUAUUAAUGCAACAGACCCUGAGGUAGAUGAGCGGGCUGGCAUGUUCCUUGUAUUCUCAGACUACAUAGUCAUUGUGAAAAAACUCUAUGGCAUCCAGAUGACAGCACGUGAACUUCUGCGCGAGAUUGACAAACCAUCAGCGGCCGGCCUACUAGCAUCUAUGACGAAUGCCGCCGGGGGGCCUGGUUCAUACGACUUGGCUUUUGCGGGAUGGCAUGAACUCGCGGAUGUUAGAUUUACUGAAUCUGCUGAUGGGCGCCUGACCUGGCUGACAUCUGCGAAGGAGAUGAGAGGUGCCCAUGCCGGAAAUUUCGUUACAAACACAGCUAUUACCGCAAGAUGCUUCAUACUACAGGAAUCGUAUGAAGGCAAAGCCGCAAAGUGGAGUGAGGAUAUUGUUAAGGCAAGAAUUGAAAACAGGUUCUCGGAGAAGGAGCGUGAAGACCCUUCAUGGACUCUUAGGUCUGUGAGGAUGCCUGAUACUGGACUGGGCUUGUUUGCAGCUGUUUUUCAAGAAGGUCUUGACCAGCUCAUAGAAGGGCGCAAAGAGCCAGCUCCUAUUCGUAUAGUCGUCGACUACGAAAAGGGCACCAAGGGAUCCCCUGUGGGCCAUUAUGGGGUAGAGAUAUGCUCUGAUGUGAAGACCGGUGACUUGAAAAAGGUUGUCAUGAUCACGGUUGGGUUACAUGGUAAACGCGCUACUGACGAAGUUGCGCUGGAAGAUUUUCUUCCAACACUGUCUAGAAGAAUUAUCCAAUUUCUCAGCACACAGUUCAACGUUGCAAAUCCAGGCUUAACACCCGCGUUGGUGUCUUUCAAUACCAAAGUUCUCCGUGGAUUGAGUGUUUCAAACAGAGCAGAGAAAACUAGAUCAUUCUUGAGCUCGUCGCCUGUCAAAUAUCUAUCAAGUUUCCUCAGUGGAUCGAGCUUCUCAGAUGCAGCCAAUGCCCCCAAGUUCCAGCGGACAUUGACAGGAGAAAGUUCAAGCCUUAGCUCGAGUUUUCUUCCAGGUCAGAUCAGCCGCUCGAAUAGCACCAGAGACGCUGCCUCUCUAUACGGCUCGGUUAAAAGUAGAGACGGUAUUCGAGCUGGGCCCGAUGACGACAAGCCCGAGAACCCGAUAUUUAGGUUAGAGCAAACUUUUACAGGAUACAUGGCUAGUUUACUCGAGCGCAAAGGAAGCUUUGUGGGCCGAGCAUUACUGAACCGCUCCGCUGUUGAUGAACUCUUGGUGAACGACCUCUAUAACAAGCUUAUUGAGAACCCGCUGGAUAUUGAGGCCACCCAAGAUGUAACCGCCGAUGUCGUCUUUGUAGCUUUUGAGAAGUUCGUUCGCAUUGCGUGGCGAAACCAGAUGGGCCCGAUAAUUACAACCAAAGCUCUGGACGCACUGCAAGCAAGAGCCUUCAAGAAGCUGCCAGGUGACUUCGCCGACUUUGUCCACUUUUUGUUUGCAGAUAUGGCGCCUCAAAAUCGCCGAGCAUUCACAGCCCUCAUCAAGCUUCUGGCUGAAUUACUAGAUGGCUGUGGAAAUGAUAGCGACAGAGGUGGUUUAACACUUGCGUUUGCCGAAGUCCUUGUAGACAACGAAAAUGCCCCAAACUACAUCAACCUUCUUGAUAGGCUUGUCGAGGAUUGCGAUCGAAUCUUUGACGAGGGAUCGGGGAGUUUCACACUCAAUAUUGGUGCUACCACAUCGGUGUAUGAUUUGACGAGUCCUGCAAUCCGAGGUGGGAAAUCUCAUACUGGCUCGAUAACAUCGAGUACAUCUUCCCUGCGGAGGAAAUUUGGCUUUGAUAGUUUGCUUACGCGCCAAAAUAGCAAGGCGGAUGCAGAUUCUCGGCCCUCUGUUUGGCGUAACUUGAGUAAACAUGCCAGGCACCCGGCAACUGGCGAGCCUUCGAGCAUCUCAAAAGGCUCUGUAAUGAGAACAAACUCUGUUGAUGUUGGCCUAUCAGGAACCAAUAGGUUGCGACGACCGGGAUCAAGAGACAGACCACCUAUUGCUGGUGCGUUUGAUGAGGUUUUUAGUCGUCCAACAAGUUCGCAGAAACUCGAAACAAUUGGUGAACCAGGCGACGAAAUUGCAUUUAAGGCAUACAAGAAAAAACGCCGCAGCUCGUUGUCUGAUCUGAAGAGCCUCAUGGAAGCCACAAGCCUUGCUGAUGAGCUUCCUGUGCAGCCGCUGUCACAUAUGAAGGAAACUUCCGAGAGAUUCAAUUCGACGCCACGUAUCCCAUCGCCAUCAAAAAUCCCUAUUAGUCCUAACGCACACCAGUUAUUGAACAGCCCUGGUUUCAAAUCACCUAGACAGAAAGAGAAUAUCGAGGAUCCAUUCAAUUCGGUAUCUCCAUCGAACGUUUCGCCCAGAAAGGCAACCCAAAAAAUGCUAUCUACUUCUAAUAUCCCAACACUCAAGCCAUCUCGAGAUUUAGCCGCGGACCUAGCCGAGUCUCCCACGCGGCCUACAACAAGCCCGACGAAGACAUCCGGAAAGCUACGUUUGCAGUCUCCACAAAAACUGCGAGAGCGACUUCAAGUGGAAAAGAAAGCUGUGGAAGAGGUUGACGCUGAUCUGCGAUCUGAGUUAUCUAAAAUCUCUGCGGAUAUGGCUAAGGUCAAUUCUAGCAUUCCCCGCAGCGGAACAGUUGAUCUUCGGAAACUCUCGUCUAGUGUUCAGUCACUUGAAGAGCGUUUGCCAAAUAUUCUAAGCCAGCUUACGAGUCGCCAAGAUCAGCUGCAGAAAGACAUGGAAAACACUCUCAAGGCCAGCGAGGCCAAGGUGAAAGCCAUUGACCAGCUCUACAAAGAGACGAUGGUCGAAAACGAGUUGCUAUACGAGAAAUUCAAUAGCGAGCUAGGUAAAAUCGUGAAAGCCCUCAAGAGUAAGGGGCGUGAAGAAAAAGAAGAGCUUAUGACAAGCGUGAAGGAAAGCAGCGAAGAGACGGCACGCCUAAAGAAGGACAACGCCCGUCUCAAGAGAGAAAUGAUCAGCCUCCGCGCUUUGAUCAAAGGCGGCGGCGCAGGCGCAGGCGAUGCCUAGAGAGAAGACGCCCGUAAGUCGGCGUUGACGCCGUGGAGGGUAUGCAUCUUAGGGUAUGGAAACCUGGCGUUCUGGCUGUUUCGGAAGCGGAGGUGGAUCACCAGCGGCGUUGGUAUGAGCAGCUACAGCCGGCUGACGAGCACAAACUCGAACUUGAAUUUAAAAAUGAUUAUCAUGAACGUGGCAG